AUGGCGAUAUGCAUUUGUACUGGUCUUGUUCUGUUUGGUUCACCAAGUUCUGAUAUGUUGUGGAGAGAGAGAGAGAGAGACGAUUCUGGUCGAGCUUUAUCAAACAAAAUUAAUAGUCUAAAAACGAUACUUCUAACAAAAGCUACUCCAAUGGAACCUUUCCCGGUCAUCGAGCAGUGUGAGGACCAGCAAAGGCAGAAUUGUACUAUACAGGCCACCGACGCUACAAACAUCACAUGCACAGCUUUGAAAUACUUCCCAAGUAUGGAUCUUUUCUUUUUACAUGGCUCUCAAAAAUGUGGGAGUAAGGCUAGUAUGGAGUGGACAAACGCAGAUGGAACAAAUAGUAAAGCGAUUUUCACUGAAGCCAGACCGAGUGAGAUACCAUACACAUGUGUUGCAUUCAAUAUUCCUGGAUCUGAAGAUCAAAGAACAGCAACAUUUUCAGUGGUUAGGCCCACUUUGAAUGAUGUCACAAGUCCAACGCUGUCCAUUACUUCCACCCCCGGGGCACCAAGUUUUGGAAAAAAAGAAAUAAUCAUCGUAACGAUUGUACCAGCAAUAGCAUGUGUCAUAGCUGGGAUUGUGUUACUGUGUGUUUUUCAACGGAGGAAGAGCAGAGGAGAUGACAGAAAACUUUCGUUCUAUGAACUAUGGAUGCUGGUCUGUACCUUGUAUGAUAACAAAUCCACCAAUAAGUUGCUUUCUACAUUUCGUGCACUAAAGAUCAGUGAUAUCAAAGAGGGUUUUACCAGGCGAGAAGCUUAUGAAGCACUGUGUAAAUGGAGAAUGGGAAAUCAAAGAGGGAAAGGAUCUGAUAUGUUGAAGGAAGCUUUAGGACUUGGAGGUGCCGAACGAGGAAGGGAAGUCAUUAGUGGCAUUAUGAGGGAUACAUCGAAGAACGUUUCUCCACAAAUUCUGGAGCACAUCUUAUGGCAUGUAAAAGAUCCCAAGAAGUUUGACCGCCUCAUCCAGGUGCUGACUUUAGACCAAUCGGAGGAGAGAAAGCCUAUUAAAUUCACCGGGAAGACUGGCCAGGAUGUUCGCUUAGCAUUGGGAGAGUUGAUAAAAUGGAGCAGCUGUGAGUUUGACGUAAAUCCUCUUGUGCUGUUGAGUUUGGCAAUGGAGGAAGCUGGAUGCAAACCAGAAGACGCACUUUUACUCACAGUUCCAGAUGACCUCCAGGCACCAGUAAACCGUGACCAAGUGAAAACCUUCGUCAAUAAACUGACCGGCAGACACUGCAGACGAUUGGACUUAGGCUCAAAAGUCAGCAGCUGUCAAAUGGAUGAUAUCAUUGUACAAAAUAAUAAUCAUUUGCUCAACUCAUCGAAGAUUAUCUGUGAAUGGCUACGUGAAUCAGAAUGUUCCAAUUACGAAAAGAGAUGCAGACUAGAUGACGCAAUAAUAGAAAUAGGUCGUCAUGAUUUAACCGACCAUUUUGGGACACUUGUUCACCGCCGUUAUACAGGUCAUCUGACAGUGGUUACCCAUCCAGAUUAUGAUCGAUUCGAUCAUACAACUAUCUUUGAUGAUGACCUUGAUCAGUAUAUCGAAGUGGUAAAACCUCUCUCAACACAGAAGUGCAAAGAGCUUUUUAACAUUUCAGCCAACAUGGACGGUGCUGAACGGAACGAGAACAUGAUAAAGGAUGUGCUGGUCAAAUGGAGGGAUAGGACUAUUGCCCUCAACCAGGUCAACUCUGUAAAAGAUUUCAAGAUAAUCAUCGAUCUUCUAAAAGAUUAUUCUGAAAGUGCUCUGUCAGAUGAUGAAAUAUGGGAAGCUCUUGCGUUUGUUUUUGCAUCAAAGAAAGAAGAAGAUCUUAGCCGAAAACUUGGCAUUGAUAUCUUCGAACAAGCUUUUGUCAUGUCUGUUCGUGGAAAGAUACUAGACAAGUUUCGAAAUCCGUUUAUUCGCAAGGCAAACAGAAAUAUCAAUCGCAAUGAGUUGCGAGAAGUUCUCAGCUGCAUCGGACUUGGUGAAUGCAUUGCGAAAAGGAAUGAAACAAAAUAUGUCUAUGAAGCAGAGUUGAUUCGCAUCGCCUGGGAUCUGCUGAUGGGGGACAUUCUUCCAUUGAUGACAUUGCUAUCCAUAAAGCCAUCAAAAAUCACGAGUCACAUCAGUAUUCCGCCGGCGUUAGACCAACGGAGAUGCACUGUGGAUCUAUUACAAGAUCGUAUGAUAAAAACUUUUGUAGACAAGGAGAGAGAUCGCGAAGAUUUCUGUGGGGAACUUCGAAAGAUCGGGUUUCUCCGUGCUGCAUGCUCGACUUUCCUUGAUUAUGGAAUAAGCUUAAGUGAGCUGAUGGACAUAAUGUCUUGCAUCGGAGAUGCCGAAAUGAAACAGAUUCCUGAACAUAUUGGCCUCAGUGAAGAAGAUGUUAAACGAUGUCAAGACGAAGAAGGGAAGACAGACAGACUGAAACUCAUGUUACUAUGGAAGCAGCAAAUCCGACCUGUGUCUUACCACUUUCGUUUAGAGAUCGCUGUUAUUUUAAGAAAAGCUGGGCUGAACAGUCUCUGUGAAAAGGUCGUGACAGGUUGCUUUAGAAAAACGACACCUCAUCCGCUCGUUGUGCAAGAUAUAUGCACCAAUAUAUCUGAUGAAAAGAUGGCAAUUUUAUGUGAUUUGAAGGGAUUAGAAAAGAAGGGGAACCGUAAUGAUCUGGAUGCACACGUUUCUGGCUGGUUGAACGAUUGGAUGGAAGCUUUUGAUCCUAUGAACGAGACCAGCAUGAAAUAUCGACGAGACGUUAAUGACGCAUUGUUCAGGAAUGGAUUCUACCAACUUGCUGUGGAAAUCAUAGCUUUAGAAAAUAAUGGUUAGGAUCAUGACAGAGUACAUUUGAGCAAUGAAUAUACAAAACCUCGUAUAAUUGUAUCUUCUUGCCACUUGUUUAAUGAGUUACAAUCAGUGUUUUUCAUUUUGUUUUGCUUUUUGUUUGUUUUAUUUUGCAAGUGUCUUGGUUUUACUGCAGUUUGGAGUUUCAUCGCUUAUAAUGUGCAGUGUUUAUUCAACUAGUCGAGUUGAAUGAUCGUUAAAGGUCAAGUCCACCCCAGCAAAAUGUUGAUUUGAAUAAAUAGAGAAAAAUCAAACUAGUAUAACACUGAAAAUUUUAUCAAAAUCGGAUGUAAAAUAAGAAAGUUUAGCAUUUUAAAGUUUCGCUUAUUUUUCACAAAACAGCGACAUGCACAACUCAGUGACAUGCAAAUGAGUCAGUCGAUGAUGUCCAUCGCUCACUAUUUCUUUUGUUUUUUAUUGUUUGAAUUAUACAAUAUUUCAUUUUUUACAGAUUUGACCAGAGGGACCGACUUGACUAAAUCAUAUAGUAUCAAACAAUGCUAAUUCCAUAUGUUCAGGGAGGAAUUAAUCACUGUUUCACUUGAUAAUGAGGAGAAAAUGAGAAUAUUUCAUAUUUCAUAUAAUAAAAUACAAAAGUAAUAGUGAGUGGAUGACGUCAUCAGUCUCCUCAUUUGCAUACCAACCAGGAUGUGCAUAUAACUGUUUUGUGAAAUUAAGCGAAACUUUAAAAUGUCAUAACUUUCUUAUUUUACAACCGAUUUUGAUGAAAUUUUCAGUGCUUAUGCUUGUUGGAUUUUUCUCUUUUUAUUCAAAUCAAUUUUUUGUUGGGGUGGACUUGUCCUUUAGCUUUCUUCUUACAGUACUUCCACAUUCGACGACCACUGAAGGUAGCUUAUAUCUUUAAACGGAUACUCCAGGCUGAAAAUCAUACGAUUUGAACAGAUAAAUAAUCUUUGUCGAUUUUUCAUAAAUCAAUCAAAACAAUGAAUAGUUUAUCAAAAUUGGACAAAGAAUAACAAAGUUACGGCAUUUUAAAGAUUUGCUUUAUUCCGGUGAAACAGUUCUAGGCAUGUCUUCAUGAAUAUUCAAUGAGCAAACUGAUGAUGUCAUAUCCCCACUUAUUCCUUUUGUAUUUUUUAAAUCAGUAAUUAGGUUUUAUUCAAAUAUUUUCCUCCACCAACUUAAAAAACUACUUUUGUAGAUUGACAACCGAUCAUUCAGUGCAUUAGACAUUCAUUGCUGCAACUUAUUUCAUUUUAAGCGAGACAUGUCGUUCACACAUGCAUGUAAUUAUACG